CACUCGCCUGCAGGUGCGCCGGGUCAUCAAAUGCUCGUACUCCCUCCCGCCUCCCGCCCGGCUGCUUAAAAGGCCGUUCUCGGUGCCGCCUGUGACCUCACCUCACCUCACUCCGGUGCAACGCCUCGCACUGAUAAUUCUCUCUAGUAUCUUUCUUACCAUUACCGCUAGUAGGAGCCAAGGAGGAGGACCUGCUGCUGCUGCUGCUGCUGCUGGGGUGGUUGUUUGUCUGGUGGAGAGGAGAGGAGAGGGAGAUGGAAGGAGGAGGAGGCGCGGAGGGCGUGACGAGGGUGCUGCUGGUGGACGACUCCCCGGUCGACAGGAAGGUGGUGGAGCUGGUGCUCGGCAGCAACACCUUCGCCGGCUCCUUCCACGUCAUCGCCGUCGACAGCGCCAAGAAGGCCAUGGAGUUCCUGGGGCUCAAGGACGGCAAGGAGCAGGCCGUCGACAUGGUGCUCACUGACUACUGCAUGCCUGAGAUGACCGGCUACGACCUCCUCAAGGCCAUCAAGGCGAUGAGUCCUCUGAAGCCGAUCCCGGUGAUCGUCAUGUCGUCAGAGAACGAGCCCCAGAGGAUCAGCAGAUGCCUCAAGGCCGGCGCCGAAGAUUACAUCGUGAAGCCUCUUCAGAGCAAGGAUGUGCCGCGCCUGAGGAGCUGCUCAAACGCGAAGCCCAAGGAGCCCCCAUGCAUCACAGUGAGCAAGAAUGCGGACCAUAUGGCUGCUGUCGACGGCACGACGUCGCUGCGACGGCGAGCACACCUCACCGAUAUCGCCAUGGUUCUCCACUCGUCGAGCGCCGGGCUCUCGCACUACUUCCCGUUCCUCUUCAAGUUCAUCCUGCUGGUCUACGCCAUCCUGUGCGUCGGAGAGCUCCUGCACAGAUGGUCCAACGGCUGCUUCCUCUCCUACCUGAGGUGAUGGUGCUGCAGUCCUGUGGCGUGCUGCAGCUCUGCAAGGAGGAGUAGCUCUUGUGUCGUAGCUUAUGAGUGAGCAGUGAACCUCCAUGUUUCAACAACCAUGGAUGGAGCUUUAGGUAGUAGAUUCGUUUGCUUUGAGAUUCUAACCGGGCGUCGGUUCUCGGCCUUGUUGGGCUGACGAGUCGAGGAAGAACCCCCUGUAUCCAUCCUUGUACAAAACGCACAAUGAGGCAGGCAGUAUCUGAUGUCCCUUUUGGCUUGGA